UAACAACGAGCUGGGUAACGGAGCACAUUGACUUUAUUUUAAAAGACUUCAAUAGACUUAGUCUACACAACAAAACAUCUACAACAGCCGUCACCGCUCUUGUUUACAAAUUUACACAUCUAUCUGUAACCAUGGCAAACCACGCACAAUUAGCUGUAAGGGGAAAAGGGGAAAUGAAAUGUGAUGUACACAAAGAUAAGGAUGUUGUCUUUGUGUGCAAAACUUGUAAUGUAUUAAUAUGCACAACAUGUAGCCUUUCAAACCAUAAACGUCACUUCGACAGCCUCUGUGAGCUGUCGAAAAUCAAAAAUGAAAAACAAGAGAUUAUUGUUGAUUUCAUUAAUGACUCAGAAAACAUAAAUAUUCCUAAAUUGAACGAGGAAAUUAUUUCAUUUCGAAGAAAAUUAGCUUCAUGUAAAACUCGGUACGAAAAGCUUCGUAAAAAUGUCAUCGAUAGUAAUGGGAAAUGUAAAGACGAACUAGAUCAAAUUACCAUACAGUGUGUGUCGAUUUGUAACGAGAUGGAGGUGACGGACAUGGGCCUCUUUCAGACCCAUACCACAGACCUGGAGAGGAGGUUGAAAACUUUGAGGGAACUCUCAACAGAAUAUAAACAGGCUCUCCAGUCAGGAACUGUUGUACUCAAGUACGACUCGAUAUCAGAAAUCCUGGAACUGGAUUCCGACAUCCCACCGACACCUAACAUAGACAUGGCAGAUUUUACUCCAGGUAUGGGCAGACAAAGUCACCUAAAACAGGCCCUCGGGAAGUUGAAAAUUCCUGCUGACCUUCUCCGGUACACACUUCCUGACGGUCCAACCUUCAUGGCCCAGUUCUCUUACCCGGAUACCAUCACAUCGAUCUGUCCUACAUCUGAUGGACGUGCGUGGCUGUGUGACUGGUGGCUGUGUGACUGGUACACAGCAAAUCUCAUCAACAACAAAGGUCAGGUCAUACAGACGAUACGACACAACAGUGACAUCAGGGACAUCAGUCUGGACCCCACCACAGGUCGUCUGUGGUUCUGUUGUUGGGGUGAGAGCACUAUCGGUGAAGUAUCUACAUCAUCUACACCAGUCACAAGGUUUACUACAGAGGAUCUCCCAUACAGUCUGUGUGUGACCAGGGAGGGUCGGGUAGUGGUGGGUACAUGGGGUAGACAGGGGUACAAGGUGGUGAUGUACACAGGAGACGGUCAGGUGUUACAUACAGCCAUUGUGGAGGGGUUAGUACGGUCAAUUACACAAUGUGGUGUUACAGGUAACAUAGCUGUAGUGAGUGGUAAACAUAUCAGUGGGGACGUCAGUGAUCCAAACAACUACAGGCGUCACAUCAUUGUGUACAACCCGACACUCCGGCCCCUGGUGCACUAUCGGGGGGAGGGGAUAGAGGCCCGGGGGGAGGGGAUACAGGUACAAAAGUCGGUCACACCAGACAAGUUUGAUCCUCUUACAGUUGUAUAUGACAGUAAGGGUAAUAUUGUUAUUGCUGACGAGACAAGGAACACAAUAGAACUGAUAAGUGGAGCAGGGAAGUACAUAAAAACACUUCACACAAACAAAGGACACCAGUGGGUAGUAGGUAUACAGAAGGGUGAUGUGUUGUGGUCAUACUUAGAGUUAGAUACAGGAGGGUGGGGACUCAAGCUCCUCAAAUAUUAAAGUGACUGAGUGACUUAACCUUGAGUGAGGAUACAGACAAUUUAUAUCAGUGGACUUAAACAACAUUAACUUUAUAUUUUAUCAUCAUGGUCGACAUUUCCCUCUGAUGGAUUCUGUCAACAAUGUUAGAAUGUGUUCACGUUUCUUUCACUGAACUGUUGUUCUCAUCAUAUGAAUGUGCUUGUGAUAUUCAUUAUUGAUUUAAUAACAAUGUUUUAUUUUAAUUACGGACUAAGGUCUGUUUAUCUAAGUCCGUGAUUAUAGCACAUGUAUCAAUGCACAUGGCUGUGGUUUUGGAAAUCCAUACCGGUGUUUCAUAUCAACCCUGAAACCAACAUCUCUGUAUCUGAUUGAGGUGUAUAACCUGACUUUUCCUACCUCUUCCAGUGGAUCGUCCAAAACCUGUUUUACCCACAAACACGUAAAACAACUAAUUAUAAUAGGUCGACCAACAUUUGUCAAUAUCAGUCAUUGUUUUUAUGUAAUAAAUAAAACUGAAUUUUGAA